UUUACAUUUCAUUCGUUUGUUAUUGUUCUACUUGCAGUGUGAAUUAUCCGUGUUAUUUUCAAUUAAAUUUAAUUUCUGUUCUGAUUAAGAAAAACAUGAUAUAAAAUGUAUACUUUAUUACAUGGAUUCUACAAAUAUUUGGUGCAAAAAGACGAAUUCUGUGUUUUAAUUCUGGGUCUAGAUAAUGCAGGAAAAACUACAUAUUUGGAAGCCACUAAAACAAAAUUCACAAAGAAAUACAAAGCAAUGAAUCCCAACAGAAUAACAACAACAGUUGGAUUAAAUAUAGGAAAAAUAAAUGUGGAUGGAGUGAUACUCAACUUUUGGGACCUUGGGGGCCAACAGGAGCUACAGUCGUUAUGGGACAAAUACUAUGCUGAGUGUCACGCUGUCAUCUACAUAGUUGAUUCAUCAGACAGAGAAAGGAUAUCAGAAUCUAAAGAAACAUUUGACAGGAUGAUAGCAUCUGAACACCUCUCCGGAGUUCCGCUUCUAGUUCUUGCAAACAAACAAGACAUACCGGACUGCAUGGGAGUGCAUACAGUCAAACCCAUCUUCAAUCAGAAUGCGCAUCUUAUUGGUGCCAGGGACAUAAUGUUGAUGGCUACAUCUGCAUUGAAUGGUGACGGCGUCGACGAAGGCAUCCGGUGGUUAGUUGACUGCAUAAAAAGAAACAGUGUAGACAGACCACCGCGGAACCACGAAGACAACCUAUAGCGACGCGACUUCCUCACGUAUCUUGAGGCUAAAUACAAUGAAUAUUAAUGAGUUCCCCUAUUUAGAUAAUGAUGUGACUCGACCAUUGUUUUGUACAUACUGUAUCGAUAUAUAAAAAUAAAACAUUAACUACUAA